GAAGACGCGCGAAGAAUUCCGGCCCCCAGAGGAUUUGGCCUUUUUCGCUCUUUCCCUUUUUUCCCUCGCGACCUUUUGACCUUUUGAUCGUUUGAUCGUUUGAUCGUUUGCCCUCUUGCCCUCUUGCCCUCUUGCCCUCUUUACCCUUUUUAACCUUGGUAUCAUUGAAGAAAGCCACCACCACCACCUUCACCCACCACCAUUCAACAAUAAUUCACUCCAUCUAUUCACCUGCUCCUGCUGUCUACGACCACGCCUGCGCACACACUACUACGCAUACGACCACGACCACUACCACUACCACGCGCACUUGCCUCGAAGUGGCAAUCCAGACAAUCCCCCCAACCACAUCCAUCCAUUUAUUUAUUUAUUGCUCUGCCACUACUCCUCCCACCAUCCUCUCUAAAGUUCUCAAAAAGGUUACGGUGAUUUUUUAUUCCUCGACCGCACUACCACGCUACCUCGACCACACUACCACACUACCACUCGACCGCACUACCACACCACACCACACCACACCACACACACUACACACACCACACACUAGUGUCAAGCUCUUUUUUCCCAAAUCUUUAGAUCAUCAUCGUCCCAAAAUUCUCCACCGCGAACUUUGGAACUUGAGUCGAACUUGAGUCGAACUUGACUCGGUUUCCCAAGACACCGGUCUUCGGAAACUUUUUUCCCACUCCAGUCUCUAGUCCUCGAGUCUUGUCCGUUCUGGGAAUACUCCACACACUACCUACCUCACUACCAACUGGAUCAUCAGAGUUUCGAUCUUCAACUCGUUACUAAACUUUAAAUCCCAUAAAGAUCCAUUUUCCAUCUCAGUCCAAGCAUCAUCAGUCGCUUUCUCCUCAAAGUUAGUGUUCUUGGGUUUUUCGUCCAAUCAAUUGAUUGUCCUCGCAACCUCUCCAUCACUUCCUACCUCCAACGCCUACAUAAAGCUCGCUCUCCUCCCACCAUUCUAAAAAUAAAUCUCCUCACCUUCUCUUACUUUCGCCGGACUUAUAAGUUUCAACGUGAAGUAUACACUAGGCAACGUCGAGUCUAUAUAAGAUUCUCUCUCCGAGUGUGAUAUGUCACUGGCCUCCACACAGCAUCCUUUCAAUAACACUUCUUUGCCUUCCACCAACGACCUUGAGAGUAAGAACCCCCCUGACGAGACAGAAGCAAACAUAAGUACGAUUAUUGGGGCAUAUACAAACGGUCAGAAACACACCUCUAUGGAACGAGGGUCUACCGCAUACACGCAGUCAGGUUUGCAAACGCCCUAUCCACACGCCUUCACAGACGCUCAAUCUGAAGAUUCAUCUGCAGAUAAUACAUCUGCUGCGCAGUAUCCACCACAACAUCAAGACGUUCGUUCGAACCAAUACUCAACAACAGCCACUCCCACCUCCGAGUACGGUGCUGCUUACCCCCCAUCGUCGGCCCGUUCAGCCAACUUUGAUCAUUUACACAGAGCACAUUAUUCGAGCAAUAAUAGCAAUAGCAGUGGAGGAAUGGCUCAACCAACAAGUCCGUCAAUACCUUUGCAAGAUGGCCGUUCAACCCAUCAAACUUCGCAACUCAAAUCUGACCAGGAUGUUCCUAUAGAUCCAUCAAUUGCUGCCUCCAGCCCAACUUACCCCCCGUACAACCAACAACACGCCACAUACUCUGCACAAGAUCAGAUGCACCACCCAUAUCCGCCAACACAUUCCGGCGGCUCGAUGUACUCGCAACCAAGACCCAAUUGGCACGGUUAUGCAGACCCGUCUGCGCCUAAUCCUAAUGUCGCAAAUCACCCCAAUCACCCAAAUGUCGCAAAUCAUCCCGCCGGAAUGGUACCUGCACCUUACACCUCUGCCAGCCCUCAAGCUCAAUCACUUCCAGCUUCAGCUGGCCGACCUAGUCAAGACGCGCGCCUACCUCAGAUUUACUCAUUCGUUCCAAUCCCUGGAUCCAGUCAACAAAAGCGACCUAGAAGACGAUUUGAAGAGAUUGAACGUAUGUAUAAGUGUGGACACCAAGGAUGUGAGAAGGCGUAUGGUACAUUGAACCAUCUUAAUGCUCACGUAACCAUGCAAUCCCAUGGAAAUAAACGCACACCAGAAGAAUUCAAAGAAAUUCGCAAAGAGUGGAAAGCUCGCAAGAAGGAGGAGGAACAGCAACGCAAGGAGCAGGAGGUUGCUCGUGCCGGUGGUGCUCCCGCUGUUCCCGAAGCCCACCCCGAGGCCGGCUCUGCGGCCUAUUCGCGCUCGACUGUUCAACUUCCACCCAUUUCCAACCCCAUUGGGUACCAGCCUGGCGCACAGGUUCCAAACCAAUACCAGCAAAGCCAAGCACCAGCUUCUUCCGUGCAACAUUUGCAAGGUUACGGCAAUGGUCAGCCAAACAUGGACCAUUACACCGGCUACCCAGCUUCGCCUUACGGGUCUUCAAACCAUAUGUAUAGCCACCAAUCUAAUCCAGCUCAAACUAAGUAUGAGCAUUAAGUUGUAUCAUAUGUAUCAUAGUUGGUUUUACGUUUGAGGUUGUUUGGUUUCGCAAGUUUUCCUUUUCAAAGUUUUUAGAAGGACCCUCUCUAUUCGGUUCGCUGCCGUACAUGAUGCAAAUAUUUGAUGAUCACGUUGUUCUAUGUGGAAAACACGGUACAUGGGGUGGUGGAUGGUUGUAUUCUCUUGCAUUUGGUUAUGGCUGUUUUUUUUAACCUCCUUGGGGGAUUGAAUACAUGCCACUUUUAUUUUCAUUACUUUGCACGCAACGGAACGGGGUUGGGGAGUUGAUAUACACGCAUGAGGAGUCUGAUCCGGGUGUGGCUGUUAGGCUUCACGGUGCGCGAAAACAAAAGGAAUUCUUUUUUAUUUUAUUAAAGUUACAGGCAAAGAAAGGAGAUGGGGCAUUCAGAUUAUUCUGCCGGGUUUGAAGUCUUCAACUUUAUGUUUGCGGGCUAUGCUAUUCUAUUAGUUUCAAUGGACAAACGAAU